GUCGGGGAAGGAAUCUGGGGAAUCAUCCGGGAAUCCCGGCCUGCCCGAUUCCCGCCGCAGGAAUUUUCCCGGGAUUGAGGCGGCCGCGGAAGCGGGCAGGCCCCGCAGGAUGCGCUGAGCAUCCCGCGACUCCCUCUGGAAAACCGGGAAUUCCGGAGCCAGCCGCCGCUGCAGGAUGCCGAGGAACCGCGCCUUCUCCGAGCCGGAAUUCUCGGCCGAAUACUCCGCCGAUUAUUCCUUGAGUUUCCCGUCGGAUCCCGACGGGAAUCUCCGCCGCUCCCGGGAAUCUCCGGCCCCGCAGGGCUGGGGGGGGCCCUGCCCGUGCCUGCCGCAUUCCCGGCGCUUUUCCUUCUCGCCGGAAUCCCUGGAAAAGCUCUACCAGACUUAUUUCCGCCGCCAGCGCCACGAGACGCUGCUGGUCCUGGUGGUCUUCUCCGCCCUCUUCGACUGCUACAUCCUGGGAAUGUGCGCGGCGUUUUCCCGCAUGGAAAAACUUUUCCCGGCGCUGGCCGCCCUGGCCGGCUUGGUGGCCCACGGCUGCGUUUUCCUGCUGCUGAAAUCCCGGCUGCUCCCGGAGGAUUUUUCCCAGAAAUUCCUGCCCUGCGGGCUGUGGGCGCUGACGGUGGCGCAGCUCUGGGGCUUGCUGGGCUUGGAAUUCCAGAGGAGUUUUCCAGAGGCGGUGGACGCGGCGGGCUGGCAGGCGUUCUUCGCCUUCUCCUGCUUCCUGACGCUGCCGCUGCGCCUGGCGCGGAUCCUGCUGCUGGCGGCCGCCUCCUGCGGCGGGCACGCGCUGGUCCUGGGAAUCGUGGAGCUCCAGAGGGGCCGGGAGAACCGCCUGGAUGCGGGGCAGGUGGCCAGGCAGCUGCUGUCCAACGUGGCGCUGUACGCCUGCGCGGUGGCGGUGGGCGCCAUGUCGUACGUGAUGGCCGACCGGAAGCACCGGAAGGCGUUCCUGGAGGCGCGGCAAUCCCUGGAGGUCAAACUCAACCUGGAGGAGCAGAGCCAGCAGCAGGAUUUUUUUGGGGAGAAAAACAGGAAUGAGAAUGUCAGGAUUGAGGUUGUCGAGCGUCGGGACCGAGUUUGCAGGGCCACAUCCGGGAUUUUUUCCCGCAGCAUCCUCUUCGCCGACAUCGUGGGCUUCACGCAGCUCUCGUCGUCCUGCAGCGCCCAGGAGCUCGUCAAGCUCCUCAACGAGCUCUUCGCCCGCUUCGACAAGCUGGCCGCCAAGCACCACCAGCUGCGGAUCAAGAUCCUGGGGGAUUGCUACUACUGCAUCUGCGGGCUGCCGGAAUUCCGGGAGGACCACGCCGUGUGCUCCAUCCGGAUGGGGCUGGCCAUGGUGGAGGCCAUCGC